AUGCCUACUCACGAAAACCUUGAGAAAUGGAGUCCAUCACAAGUAAUCAGUUUAUUAAAGUCAAAAAAAGAUGAGUUGUUUCUUAUAGAUAAAGAUUUUCAAAUAAUUGAAGAACACAGAAUAUCUGGCCAAGAAUUUUUCGAAUUAACUAAAGAAGAACUUAGAGACUAUGGAUUAAAAGGGGGCUGGCAACAAGAAUCACAAAAUUUUUUGAGGACCAAAAACUUGCAAUGUAACUUUCAAAUAUCGAAACUAACUUUGAAACUAUUGCAAGAUCACGCACAAAAAGAAUUUAAGUUUCUGACAACGACACAUGAUGAAAUUGUGAUCAAAUACAAUAAAUCCAUUUUAAGCAAUGAUGUUACCAUGAGAUCUAUAUUCAAGACGAAAAAAAAUAUCGAAUUUAUCGUUACGUUAGAUAAGAAGUACUUCUCCAGUUAUAAAAAUUUGCGAGAGGUUCUCCAAAAACAUGGAAUCGACAAUGAUGAAGUGCUCUCAGCAGUAAAUUCAGUUCCAAACACCAUCCUUCGUUCACAGUUUGAGAUUAUUGGAGAUGUAUCUGCUGGCAGAGUAGAUUAUGCUAUAAAGAAAAUUUAUCCGCAAUUAAUAGGUAGUGGGUUUGAAGAAAUUAUCUGCGUCACUGAAGCGAAGCAAAUUGAUAUAAAAGUAGGUGUUGCUCAAAACUUAAUGCAACUUGAAGGUUCAUUAGAUUUAAACAAAAAUAAAAAGCGUAAGCUUGAUGAGUUGUACUCGGAUCAGGUGUAUUCAGAAUAUAUCUACGGAAUUGUAUCAACCAGCACUGAUUGGUAUUUUUUGAAGCAUACUCCUGAUCAAAUUUUCUGUAGUCAAGCAUCCGAUUAUAUACCUUUGGUAACAACACAGUUAAAUAAUGAUGAGGAUUUGAGGAAGGGAAUUAAAACGGUUCUUGGUAAAAUUAUUUGGAUGUUAAAGGAUCGAGAUCGAACAAACAAGAGACAAUGCAUAUAA